UAAUUAUGCAACUUUAGCGUAAAUAAAAAAAAAAAAUAACGUUAUAGAUAUUUAGAGUGCGUUUUUGUAGUAUAGAUAAAAAUGGCGAAUGGUUUUGUCUUUGAUAUUGAACUAAAUGAAGAGGAGCAUGAGGAUGGCCAUAAGAAAAAGAGAAGAGAUUCGGAUUCGGCGGAUGAAAUUUCUGACGAGGAGCCACUAAACGUUGGGGACGACAAAGUUCUGAGUUUUGAAGCUAGUGGGCCAGAUGCAUACUUGCAAAAUGGUGAUCUUGAGACAGUGGAGCUGACUGAUCGGAUAGUGAAUGUCGGCCAACCAAAGGCAAAACCAGAGGAUUUUAAACUGCUGAAGUUGCUGGGAAAGGGAGGAUAUGGAAAGGUGUUUUUAGUUAGAAAAACAGAGGGAGAAAACACUGGUGAGCUGUUUGCUAUGAAAGUCUUGAAAAAGGCGACAAUCGUCCGUAAUGCCAAAGAUACAGCUCACACAAAAGCUGAACGGAGUAUUUUAGAAGCCGUCAAGCAUCCAUUUAUAGUGGACUUGAUAUAUGCCUUUCAAACUGGUCGCAAACUUUACCUAAUCCUUGAGUACUUGUGUGGAGGUGAGCUGUUCAUGCAAUUGGAGAAGGAGGGAAUAUUUCUGGAGGAUACUGCCAGUUUUUACCUGGCUGAAAUUACCCUAGCAAUUGAACACCUACACAAACAUGGAAUCAUUUAUAGGGAUCUGAAACCGGAAAAUGUGUUGUUGGAUACACAAGGUCAUGUGAAGCUGACAGAUUUUGGCUUGUGCAAGGAAUCAAUCGAGGAGGGCCUCUUAACACAUACGUUUUGUGGCACCAUCGAAUACAUGGCUCCGGAGAUCGUCAUCCAUAAUGGCCAUGGCAAAGCUGUUGAUUGGUGGAGCUUAGGAGCCCUCAUGUUUGACAUGCUCACUGGAGCUCCCCCAUUUACUGGUGAAAACAGGAAAAAGACUAUCGAUAAGAUCCUAAAAGCCAAGCUGGUGCUUCCUAACUAUCUAUCCCCCGACGCCCGGCUCCUCUUAAGAAAAAAUCACUCCUUCUUUCGAUCGAUUGACUGGACAGCAGUGCUGAUGAAGAAGUUGGUACCGCCAUAUAAACCUGUCCUUAAUGGCGAGCUUGACGUCAGCCAGUUUGAUUCAAAGUUCACACAUCAGACGCCAGUUGACUCGCCCGAUGACAGCCAUCUCAGUGAGAGCGUCAAUCAAGUCUUUCAAGGUUUCACGUACGUAGCGCCGUCCGUGUUUGAGAGUAUCACGGAACCGUGGAGGAACAAGGAUGGCAAGUUUAAUAAAGAACUCUUUGAUAGCUCAAGUCCUGUAGACGAUGACAUAUGUGGAGCAGCAGCAGCAGCUGCAACAACGACUUCAUCAGCGACAACCUCCCCAACGUUAGCAGCAGCAGCAGCAGCUUUAUCAACUACAAUAUUUGAUGAAGAGACAGCUUUAUCAGCUACAAUAUUUGAUGAAGAGGAGAUGGAUGUAUCAAACACUGCGUACAACUUCAAUCAAAGUCUUCAGAUCAGUGCUGCCAGCAAAAGUAGCAGCAGCAGCAACUUCUACCGCAGUCACGAUCAGCAUUACGGAAACUUCUACCUCCAGCAACAGCAACGACACCAUCCACCAUUGUCGUCAUCACCACCAGCGUCAUCGUCUCGUUUCGGUUUGAUCCAGAAAGAUCCGCGUCGCCACCUCUACCCCCACGAAGACGAAGAUGAAGACGCCGCGCUACUUUUGACAUCUGACCCCAUGCUUGACCCCGCCAUCAACAGGUCUCCGAUUUUGGGUCAGCGCACCUUUGGCGCUAGCUACCUCAACAAGCCACAACAGCAGCAAUAUUCUUCUCAACAAAACAUUUUGCAACAGUCUCAACAACAACAGCUGAAACACCAACAACCCUUUUUUCAACAAAACUUUUCGCAAUUUCAACAUUAUCAACAACAGCAACAUUACCCACAACAGCCACAACUACAACAACAACAUCAUCAUCAACAUCAACAAUCCCAACAGCAACAACAACAACAGCAAAGAAUGUUUAACAACUACAUGACUCAACCAAUAACGUUUGGUGGUGGUAUAAACAUCGCUAAGAAGAAGUGA